AUGUCGAUGACCUCCCUCUCUUCCAAUUCUUACUCUCCCUUUCCGUCUCAAGCCGGACGAAUGACACAAUCUCAAACCCCCGGGCUGGACACGCUUGCUGAGGGGUCACAGUAUGCGCUCGAACAGCUCCAGCUAGCACGUGAAGCCGAUACUGCCGACAUCCCGACCGACCCCGGUCACUCUCUCGACUCGAAGACAUCGCAACAUUCUCAACAUCUUCUCUAUAAAGAACAAAAGGGUUCGAAUUCAGGUCUCAAGGAUCCGGAAUUGCGCAAUUCCCUUGCUGAGGCGCGCUCCGCUAUUCGCAAAAACUCAUCCGCAACCCCAGCUCGUCGGAGAAUUAGCCGGGCCUGCGACCAAUGUAACCAAUUGCGUACCAAGUGUGAUGGACAUAAUCCCUGUGCGCAUUGUGUUGAGUUCGGACUCAGCUGUGAGUACGCCCGCGAGCGUAAGAAGCGUGGGAAAGCAUCGAAAAAGGAUAUAGCCGCUACUGGAAUUACCGACAGUGAUAUGGGUGGCAGCGAAAACACAGCGCAUGCCAAAGGACGACCCUCAAACGGACAAUCUUUGCGCGAAUCGAACGAACAUUACGAUCGCGCCUUUGACGCAGCGCGGACUCUAACCGAACGCGCACAAUCUCGGUCGCAUAAUGCAGAGGUGGCCGGCUUAUCUGCCAUGCGGCAAAAUCAGGCGCCUGUACAAGCACCUUCUCAGCAGCAGAUGAGUUCCAGCAUCGCGGGCAUCUCAUUCAAUAAUUACGCAGCGCUCCAAGAACCCCACCGACCCUCGAUGUCCGUGCCGGAUAUGCGCUCUAUACAAAUGAUGCAGAACUCGAAUGGGAACCCUCGAUCGCCGGGUUCAAUGCUCCAUCCUCAAGGGUUCGGUUCAGGGUAUAAUGAUGGCGCAUACCCUUUGAUGAAUGCGCAAGACCCGAAUCCGAGUUCCAUGAACCACUUCCGUAUUGGAAACACGACGGAGAAUCCAUCGACUUCUUUUAUGGGAUUCUCUCCUCCAGCGCAGUCACCUAGCUGGUUACCACUCCCUUCCCCAUCACCCGCAAACUUCCCUUCCUUCAGCAUGCCUCCUUUCUCCAGCUCAUUAAGAUACCCGGUCUUGCAACCAGUUCUUUCGCACAUCAUAUCCAUAAUCCCUCAAUCUCUCGCCUGCGAUCUCCUUGACGUCUAUUUCACCAGCUCAUCGUCCUCGCAUCUUUCUCCGUCAUCACCAUAUGUGGUUGGAUAUGUCUUCCGCAAGCAAUCUUUCCUACACCCCACAAAGCCGCGAGCGUGCACCCCUGGGCUUCUCGCCAGCAUGCUGUGGGUCGGGGCUCAAACGAGCGAGGCUGCGUUUUUGACAUCACCCCCCUUCAGCUCGAGGCCGACGACUGUCGUCUCUGCCAGCGAAUAUAAGGCCGCAAACGGCGAAAUGGAGGGCGAAGGGGACAUGGAUGUGAAUGGCAAUAAGAGGCAGCCGUCCUCUUUACUGGGCCACGGCCCAGGCAACUCUGCGAUCAAUCUCACAGAGGAAGAACGUGAGGAGCGCCGGCGGAUUUGGUGGCUAUUAUAUGCGACAGAUCGCCAUCUGGCGCUUUGUUACAAUCGACCCUUGACGUUGUUGGAUAAAGAGUGCGAGGGAUUGUUACAGCCGAUGAACGAUGAUAUUUGGCAGGCGGGCGAUUUUUCAUCUGUCAACUACCGCCGUGCCGGCCCAUCCUCUGAAUGCACUGGCCAUAGCAUGUUUGGAUAUUUCUUACCCCUGAUGUCAAUACUGGGUGAGAUUGUGGACCUACAACAUGCCCGCAAUCACCCGCGCUUCGGUCUCCAUUUCCGCAACAGCGGUGAGUGGGAAAGUCAGGCCAUGGAAAUCCGCCGUCAGCUCGAUGUCUACGCCCAGAGCCUGAAAGAAUUCGAGGCUCGAUAUACCAGCUCUAUCGCCCUCGGAACCGGCGACGCUGACACAGCCAUGGAAGGUUCCAACAUCAACCACGUCAGCCCGUCUGGUCGGUCUAGUAGCACGGUAGGAUCGCAUGUCAGCGAGUCCAUCGUGCACACGAGGAUGGUGGUUGCCUAUGGCACCCAUAUUAUGCAUGUACUCCACGUUCUGCUGGCUGGGAAGUGGGACCCGAUCAACUUGCUCGACGAUAACGAUCUCUGGAUCUCUUCUGAGUCGUUUAUCACUGCCAUGGGCCAUGCAGUCAGUUCGGCUGAGGCGGCCUCGGACAUUUUGGAAUACGACCCUGAUCUAAGCUUCAUGCCCUUCUUCUUUGGCAUAUAUCUUUUGCAAGGUAGCUUCUUGCUACUCUUGACUGCGGAUAAAUUGCAAGGAGAUGCCAGCCCUAGUGUUGUUCGGGCCUGUGAAACGAUCGUGCGAGCGCAUGAGGCCUGCGUCGUGACUUUGAACACUGAAUAUCAGCGAACAUUCCGAAAGGUGAUGCGCUCGGCGCUGGCUCAAGUCCGCGGCCGUGUACCGGAAGACUUCGGCGAGCAGCAGUCACGCAGGCGCGAGGUGCUAGGCCUUUACCGCUGGAGCGGCGACGGCAGCGGCCUCGCGCUUUAG